AUGAAAGUAUUAAACUCUCCUUCUCUUGUGCAUGGUACGGAUGAAAGUAUUGAUGAUGAUGAAGUUCGAGUGAUUGCGAAAAAAGUCUAUGAUGCUUGCUUUCCUCCAUCUAGGGAACAAUCUCCUUUUCUUAUGGACACCAUUCCUCCUACCAUUUCAUCGCCACCUAAAACUGCAUCUCCACCUCCUUCAACAUCACAAAACACUCCAAUCCCUCCUCCUUCUAAAUCACCUCCAUCUCCUGUCCCCAAAGGACAAAAACCUACACCUGUUCCCAUCUCAAAGGAACAACCUGCUGUUCCUAAUCCUAAGGAACACCCCGCCGAAACCAACCCACAUAGUACCUUCCCUUCUUCAUCCCAAAACCCUACCAUUGGUGCUCCUUACACUUAG